CCAUGUGGCGACCAAUAAAUAAACUACGUACAACAAACCUACCCUGCACUCAGCAGCCUGCUUUUUAGUGGCUGAGCACUGGCAGACUCUUUUCAUGGCGGAAAGUAGCUGUUUCGAACGGAAUGCUGAACUAUCUAUUGUCAGGAGAAGUUGCAUUAGAGAUAUAUAUAUAUGUAGGGCUGAUGGUUAGAUCUUGAACUUAUAAGCUCGGAGCUCUGUUUUAUUUUUCGUGGUUUUUUUGAUCAGUCUGUGGAGCAUCAAUAAGUAGGAAGAGGGACAAGUGAGAAGAAAUAGAUGGGCAUCAUAGUGUGGGUUUUCACAUUUAUAUGUGGGAUAUUGGCGUUGGUCCGUUGGAAUGAGGUGCGAGAGAGGCAGAGGCAGAGGCAGAGAGGACUACCCCUGCCCCUUCCGCCAGGAACUAUGGGAUGGCCUCUCUUUGGUGAAACCUCUGAUUUCCUCAAGAAUGGCCCCCAAUUCAUUAAACGUAGAAACACCAGAUAUGGAGAACUGUUCAAAUCACACAUUCUAGGAUGUCCCAUGGUGAUAUCAACUGAUCCAGAGCUGAACAGGUACAUUUUGUUGAAUGAGGGGCGAGGACUGGUUCCUGGAUAUCCCCAAUCUAUGUUGGAUAUAUUGGGGAAGUGGAACAUUGCUGCUGUGCACGACCAUCUGCACAAGACCAUGAGAGGAGCCAUGUUGACCUUGAUCAACCCUUCCAUCAUCAGAGAUCAUCUGCUCCCUCAUGUCGACCAAUUCAUGGCCAAUUAUGUCCGUCAUUGGGAUGCCCGCGUUAUCAAUCUGCAGGACAAAACAAAAGAGAUGGCAUUACUUUUGGGAUUGAAGCAGGUUAUGAGCCUGGAUUCUGGUCCCAAGGUGGAGGCAUUAAUGUUAGAAUUCUCUAAACUAGUGGAAGGAACACUGUCUUUGCCUAUAAAUCUUCCUGGAACCAACUACAGACGCGGGUUUCGGGCAAGGACGAAAAUUCUGAGGUUGCUGACUGAAAUACUCCAUGAAAGGAGGGCGUGCCAGGAAAAGCAGGAGUAUAACGAUAUGAUUGCAAUGCUGCUGAAUGUUGAGGAAGAUGGUUCUUUUUCGAAAUUUAAGCUUACUGAUGAUCAAAUCUUGGAUUUGCUCAUCGCCAUCAUAAAUGCUGGCUAUGAAACAGUUUCCACCACCACCAUGAUGGCUACUAAAUAUCUGCACGACUGUCCCAGGGCUCUGCAACAACUGAGAGAAGAACACUUGGCCAUCCGCAGGAGCAAAAAGCCAGGGGAAAGCAUCACUUGGGACGACUUCAAGUCCAUGAAGUUCACUCACAGUGUGAUCUAUGAAACUCUAAGGCUUGCAACAAUUGUGAAUGGGGUUCUGAGGAAAUCUACCCAAGACAUGGAAAUAAAAGGCUUCACCAUUCCUAAAGGUUGGAGAAUUUAUGUUUAUAUGGCAGAGACUAACCAUGACCAAAAUCUGUAUCCAGACCCACUUGAAUUCAACCCUUGGAGAUGGCAGGUGGAUUCAAGCAAUUGCAAUCUGUAUUUCAUGGCAUUUGGAGGAGGUAGCAGGCUAUGCCCAGGCAAGGAAUUGGGCAUUAUGGAAAUAGCUCUGUUUCUCCACCACUUUGUUACUAGAUAUAUAUGGGAGGAAAUAGGCGGAGAGAAGAUUCUCAACUUUCCCAGGGUGGAAGCGCCCAAAGGACUUCGCAUUAAAGUAUCCAAUUAUUAAGAAAAAUAAAUAUAAAAGUUCAAUUGUACUUACAGGCUAUUCAAGCUCUCUCUAUUCAAUGUUUAGAGGACAUUCUUCAUCAAUUUUGUCCUUCGGCCCUUUUGGGAUAUGGCUUUUCUACUUAGAUAUGGACAAAUAUUUGUUGGCUCAUUAACUUCAUUAGGGGGAUUUCUCUUAUUACAAGUUAUUAUUAUAGGACGCCAAGGGGAUGUAAGGCCCAUCCAUAUUGUGACUAUAAUCACACUCUUCUUGUGUACUAUUCUCAUAAUAUAUAACUUAAUUGAACAACAUGUAUUCAUUUAUA